AUGGGGACGAAGGCUACUAAUGGAGGGCUGUAUUUAAAAAUCGGACAAGCAAUUGCUAUGCAAAGUGCUGUAUUACCUCCUGAAUUUCAGAAAAUGUUCGCAAGAAUGUUCGAUGAUGCUCCCCAGAAUUCGUGGCAGGAUGUAGAAAGGGUUAUCCGCGAAGACUUCGCAGGCAAAAGCCCCGAAGAAGUGUUCGGUGUUAGUUUUACAAACAAACCCGGGUCUGGAGUUAUUGAGACCAAAGCUAGAGCUUCAGCGUCUGUUGCACAAGUACAUUGGGCGAGGUUGGCUGAUGGAAGGGAAGUGGCAGUCAAAGUGCAGAAACGAGAGAUUGCUAGCCAAGUAGGUUGGGAUUUAUGGGCUUUCAAUGAUGAAAGUAUACACAUAUUGGUUCGACCUUCCUUUAUACAGUCUGGUGCCCUACAUUACAGAACGCUUAAUGUUAGAAACGGACUUUUAGCGGGUGAGCCACGGUUGAACGGUCGUGUUUAUAUCCCCAAGGUAUACCGUGAUCUUUCCUCAAAACGAGUUAUGACGACGGAAUGGAUCGAAGGCGUACGUCUUUGGGAUAAAGAAGCUUUGACAGCCCCUUGCGGGGAAUGGAGAGGUCGUCAUGGCAAAGGUGGUCUAGGACUUAGUCUCAAACAAGUCAUGACAACCAUGGUUGAUCUCUUUUCCGCACAAAUGUUCCUCUGGGGGGUUGUACAUUGUGAUCCUCAUCCAGGAAACAUUUUUAUCCGAAGACAGCCUAAUGGUCAACCGGAACUUGUCUUAAUUGAUCAUGGUCUUUACGUUUAUAUGACUCCAGAAUUCCGUCACCAAUACUGUCAAUUUUGGAAAGCAAUCAUGACCUUUGAUAAUGCCUCUCUCAAUAAAAUUACUUCUGCCUGGGGCGUCAAAGCUCCAGAUCUUUUCGCGUUAUUGGGCAUCUCGCAGUUUGGUCGAUAG